AUGGGACUGGAGGGCACGGAUGCGAUCGAGGCAUUACGUUUGUUCGUGUUGUGUCAUGCGGAUCAUGAAGGCGGUAAUGUGAGUGCACACGUUUCGCACGCAGUGAGCAGUGCACACAGUGACGUGUUCUACGCCGUCGUCGCCAGUCUCUGCGGCCUCGCCGGACCUCUGCACGGUCUUGCUAACCAACAGGCUCUCAGCUGGCAAAAAAAUGCACUACGCCAAGUCGGGCAUGAUGCCCAGAAACUUAGAGACUAUGCGCACGCACAACUCGCCGCCGGAAAGAAGAUUCCCGGGUUCGGCCAUGCAGUUCUGCGCGUCACCGACCCCAGGUACACCCUCUUCCGCGAAUGGGGCGAACAAACGCUCCACAAGGCGGAAAGCUCGGCAAAACGCAAGGCGGAAACCUCGGUGAAACGCAAUCCGAAGCAACCAAGGAGAGAGCCACCGAGCGAUAGCCCAGUGCAGGCGCCCAGUAGAAGUGGGAGUGGAGAAGAGAUAUCUCCAGAGGCUCUGGUACGGUUCAACCACCUGUGUGCGGAUGUCAUUACGGAGGUGAUGAAGGAGUACCCAAAAAUCCAGUCACCGUACCCCAACGUGGACAUGGGCAGCGGCACCGUGCUGACCGCUGUAGGAAUCAUUGAGCCCACGAUCUACACGGUCCUCUUUGGCCUGAGUCGCUGCCUCGGGGUCAUCGCAUCUGGCGUUUGGAGCCGCAUGCUUAAACUACCCAUCGAACGACCAAAGUCAGUCACACUGGAAACGCUCAACAAUCUGGUCAAGCAAGCCCCAGGUAACAACCAAUAG